UUGUUUUUGUUUUUUUUUUUAAUUUUUAACGAAAAUUUUCAACUUCUGCAUUUCGACAAUGCAAUCAAUUGAAUUUCUUACUUUUUUCAUUUUUUUUUUGUUUAGUAUCGACGAAUGUAAAAUAGAUUUAGAGAACGUCACGCAAUUUGAAAAUCUUCAUUUCUUCCUUUUUCUUUGUUGUUUUCGUCUGACCGACGCGUUUGGCCAACACACUAUUGAGAGGAAAACAAACAACGUUGGGAGUUGAACGCACAUCAUUCAGACACACCCACCAAAAGAAAUUUCUUCUUCCUUUGGGGAGAAUCCAUCGUGUUUGUUGUCAUUUGUCAAUCAAAAUUUGCAUGGCAAUAUUGAAAUUCGAAUGGGAUUCGAUGUGGAUCCAGAGAGAGUGAUAGCGAUAAAUAGAGACAAAGUUGUUGGCAAAGAAGCAAAAUUGCUGGAAUUGAGUGUUAAUUGAGAGUGUUAUUGGCCUAUGAUUUAUGCGCUACGGGUAAAUGUGUGAGUGCCAUCCUAAACUACUUCAAAAGACAUAUCAGCACACAUGUUCAAUGUGAGAGACGGAGCGACGGACCACCGCCGCGGUAGCGUGUGACCGUCGCCAAUCAAACCGAUUAUUCGCCGAAUCGAAAAUUAUCGACCGGCUCGAAGAGAAUCGACUAACCGGGAAGAAAUCAAACCGGGUCGGUUCAAAUCUGUUCGGUUUUUUUUACACUUCCCACGAGGUGUAGGAGAGAAUGUUCUUUUUUUUAUAUAGAUAAAUUAUUUGAAGAAUGAAACGUAACAAUUGCAGUUAAGAAGCGUUCAGCUUCAAAUUCGAAUGAUGGAAAAUGUCAAUUCAGAAUAAAUUUCUAGACGAAAAUAAAAAAAAAUAACGAAAACACAAAAUUGUACCUAGCAUUCCGAACGAAGAGAAAAAAAAAUGAGACAACAACAGUUCAAAGAAAAAAAGAGAAAAAAAAAACGAGACGAUUACAAAGAGGGCACCUCUGAAUCCGCUUUAUUUUGCUCAUGGCAAAUAAAACUUCAACACAUUUAACAAUUAGGAAUUUAGCAUAUAAGUGAAGCAAAACAACAAAACACAUGAUUUAAAACAAAUAACAAAAAAACAAUGCGUUAACUUAGCCCGUAUGAUGUAGUUAGUCAAACAAAAAAAAAACAAAGUAGCAAAACAAAUAAGAAGAGACAGAGAAAAAAAAAGCGAGAAAGAAAAAGAAGAAAUAAUAUCAACUGUGUAUAUCAUUUAAAGUGGAAACAGAAAAAAAGCCAGAAGUGUUUAAAGAUAAGCCUUAAAUUACUGCAACUAUUGAGACAAAAACAAGACAAAAACAAAAAAUAUGUAAAACACACAUAUACACAGACACAAAAUGCAUACUUGCCCAUUUGGCACAUUUGGCUUUGAUCAUAUUCACAUAUUUGUAUGCCGAACAAUGAACGAAAGAUAAAUCAAACAGCGCACAAUACCAUCCGAUUCAGAUAUAGAACAUCCAAUUGACAUGCACAAAACGGCUCGGAUUCUUUUGAGUACAUUACACACCAUUUGGACACCAUCUCUGGGCAGGAGACAAAAAUUGUUUCAAGUUUCUACUUUCAUUGACAUUUUUAGGCAAUUUCAGUUUUUUUCUACUUUAGAGCGAUCGUAUGAAACCAAAAUCGUUUCGAUCGUGUGUGACACGUAUGGAAUUUCGUUGAAACAAGUGAUGUAGAGAAAAACGUUGAAUUUUGAAGAAAAAAAAUUGAACCAACCGAUUCAAGACUAUUUCUUUCGAUUCACAAAAAAAAAAUCUUUGUUCAGACUGAUUGAAGACUGUUUCAUUCAAUUGAGCGACAAAAAAAUAUAUCAGACUAAUUUUUUUCUCCAUUUCCUUCGAAGCCAAAACUAAUUUGACGUUUCGAUUUUUUUCAGCUCGAAAAAAGAAAUUUCGUUCCAUAGAGAAUGUUUUUGAUUAAUCACUUUAAAUCUUUAACCAAAACAUUUGCUCCUGUCGACUUCAGUCACUUUAGAUUGACUCGAUUCGAAUGAAUCGACUUGAGUAUCCAAAAUCGACUCUUAUUCUUCCUAUUCUUUCUAUUUUUGCGUUGCUUUCAUUACGUCCUGUCCAAACGUGGUGCUCAUUUUGCGACGAAUCCUCUUAGACCGCAAUCAGAAAAGAGAAGAAAAUAAAAUAUAGUUUCAAUCGAGGGUGCGAUUGUGCGCAAUAAUAAUUUUACGUGGUACACAUAUUAUCGAUGUGGGCGAAGAAGAAAAACAAGAAAACAAACUAUCGAGACAAAUUUCGUUCAAAUACAACAAAAAAGAGAAGAUAAACACUAAUUCAUACACAUAUUUUUAAAAUGAAUAAUUAAAAAAAAACAAGACUGCUGUGAUUUUGAAAAAUUAGAAAGAGAAAUGUAAUAUUACGGUUUGAAUGGUCGAUUUGCGUUUGGUGCUCUGAUCGAUCACUGACGAGUCGUCAGUGACGACAACCAAUGUAUUCGAGUGAUCGAACAGUGCACCAAUUGCCGAAUGGUCAAAGCCAUAAUUUAAUUUAAAAGCGGAAAAAAAUUAAGGAAGUGAAAAAAACAAAUUCCCAAAUUUUGGAUUGGAAACUAAUAAUUUGGAUUGUGUUGAAGUGGCAUCCGUUUUUAUCGAAUCGACGACGAUAAUCUUUGGAAAAAAAACCAAAUCUUUCCGAACAACCAUCCGAUCGCUUUGCUCGAAAUCAAUCAAACGACACGGUCUACUCUGUGAUUCCAAUUCGAAAAACGAUAAAACCACACAUUUCACAUAAUCCAACUAUUACUUCCACAUCCAUGGGGACUUCAAACAAAAAGAGAACAGAGAGAAGUUAUUAUAUAUUUAAAAAGAAAAUCGUGGAAGAAGUGAAAAUAGUAAUUUCAUUUUUAGUGUAAUCAAUAUUCAAGUGAAUGAAAGUGAAAAUAAAGAGAAAUUCAAUUUUCCUCAACAAAAAUAUGACACAAAACAAAAACCAAACCAAUUUUCAGUUUGUCUUUUAUUUAUGCGAAACCCCGUUUUGAAUGAUUGCGUACAGAAGCUUGUUGUGCUCUGAUUACAGAAGGGAAAUGAUCAGAGGUUUAGGGAAGAUAUUUUUUUAGGUGGAGAUUCAGAAGUUUAAGGAAGACUAUUUUGGGGUGCAGAGGUUCUCCACUGGAGAAUUUACACUGAAUAAAUUGAUUGGCUCCCUUCUGAGAUUUGCACUCUCUUCACUGACUAAAAAAUAAUUCUGUGACAUAAAAAAUAGAGAAAGAAAGAAGGAAAGGAGUGACCAGCAAAUGAUCAAAAACUGACUGAAAAACUGACCAUUUGACUUUCUUGGUGAGAAAGAAUUGGAAUAUGAUUGUAGCAAGAUUUAAACAAGAACGAAACAUGACUGGAACAUAACUGAAAAACCAUCGAAAAUGAAUGUUCAUCUAUGAAUUUCAGUGUGAACACAUUCACAUUGGAUCAAACUGUCUGUGCAAUAUUGAGCUGUGACAACAACGACUGGGACUUUUUGUUGAUCAACAAUAUAAACCGAUGGGAUUUUUUCUGAUGACAAAUGACCUCAUACAAAAUCGAAAUACAAAGAGUGCAAAAUUCUGUAUUGUUGCUGUGACAUUUCCAAACAACAUUUUGAUUAAUAAAAUCCUCAAAAUCGAGUCAUUUUCUUUUCAUUCAUGUCCACAUGAAUUAUUCUAAUAAAUCCGAUUUACAAUCGUAAUUUAUUAAGACAGUUCAAUUUACUGCUUUAUUCAAUUCUACUGCUUCAAUUUAAUUAUUCAAACAUUCCAGUCAUGGAUUCAACUUCUUCUCUCCGAAUAUUUCAAAUUGAAAUUUUCAAUUCAGAAUUCAUCUUAUUCUCUGAACGUCUUACAAUCCGGGAUUCACCAUUCAUUCAAUUUAAAUGGGAUUCAAUUUGGAAUUUAUUCCAAAUGUACCUAUAGAUACAAUUUUGAUCUAAGAAAAAGUCGAGUAGAAAUGCAAAAACCUUCCAAGAUCAUUUCGAUUCGCAGUAAAAUUUCGAGUUAAAAUUUUUCAGCAUAAAACAUUUCAAUUUCCUUUUAGAAAUCUGCUUUUGAACCAAAAAAAAAGAAGAAAUGUGUCAGCGCAACGAUGUCAUUCAGCGUGUUCAGCGCAGCAUAAAAAUGUGUUCAAUGUCAAAGUUGGUGCUGGAAUUCAGAAGAGCCCUUGCCGCUUAAUAAUUCAAAUGGUUGGUGUGUUCCUUGUUUUUUCUCUUUCUAUCGUCUGUUUUCACCACUGGCAUUGAACGUGUUAAGUUUGUGCGCGAAGCGACAUACACAAUACACAGAUCCCCUGUGCAUCACAUCAUUCCAGCAGUGUAGAAGAAAUAGCAAUGAGCACGUACACACACGUACGAACGAGCAAACGAACGAACGAACGAAACGAAUGAACGAACAAAACGAAACAAAGGGAAGAGAAUAGAGGUAGAGAGACACAGAGUGCUAUGGUUAUGUAGUGAGUCGCGCAAGUGGUAGUAACAUGGUGAUAAUGCGCGUAAAUGCUGGAGUCGAUAUAAGCUGACUGUAUAUAUGUGUGAGUGUGUUGUGUUCCCAACAUCGCAUUUUGUUUCUCUCUUCGUCUCUAUCAUUUGCACGGUCAACCAUACGCUGAGUGUGUAGAUUUGCUCUCACUCUGUCCGUUGGUCCUGCAAAGCAUUUUUGAAUUUUUUUCAAACACAACCGAUUUCAAAGCGCGUUUCUCAGUGAGUGUUGGAGAAGCCAUAGCAUAAGCAUCAAAUGGAAUUGUGAAUCUCAAAUAUACGCAUCAUUUUUAGCAUAUUCUUGUGUCGUUCGUUUUGUGUGUAAGAAAAAAAAAGAGUAAACUAAUCAACAAACGAGGAACAAACUCGUAUCGUCUGUUCGAAAAAUAAAAUAAAAUUUGUGUUGAAUUUUUGUUGUAACAAAUUCGUAAAGUAAAAAGAAGAGUAAUGUUUUAGACAUUUCGAUGCAUUAAAACCAAAAAAAAAUUUAGUUGAUUUUCUAGUGACAGUCGUGUAUGAAUGCGCGUGCCAUAGUUCUGCGCAUUUGACUUUGCACAAUCGGAAUUAAACUAGAAAACCAUUUCACACACUCAAUAUUUCUCUCAAUUCGGUGAAUCCGUUUUUUGUUGUUGCCUUGAUUCAAAAUUAAAACGAGUUGACGGAAUAAACCAACAACGACAACGAGUGUGAGAACCACAGGAGAAUAAGAAACACACACACAGAGAGAGACGGAGAGAGGAAAAAAAAAGGAAAAUGGCGACGGCAUUUCGUAUCCAUGAAGAUAUUGAAAAUGUUUUGGAAGCGGGCAAAAAGAAGGACCAUCACAAAAAUACAGGGAAAAACGAGCAAAAAUUGCUGGAUAAGCAACCAUUGCGAUCAACAUUUGCGAUUUUAAAUAAUGUGCACAACGACAAUGGACGUAAUGUUGCGGCUGCUUCGGCUACAAACACAACGCAUGCACAAAAAACGGCAUUCAAUGUGUUGCAGGGCAAAAGUACCGUUCUGAAAACGAACGACGAAAAUGUGGUACCGAGAGUGCACAAUGUUAAAACGGUCACCGAAACGUACAAAGCAUUUGUUAGUGUAACAAGUACCAGCGUUGAUACAUCGGCACAAAUCACCGACGAAAAUCGGCCACCGCUCAAAGAUGAAGUCGAUCAUGCCACCGUUAACUGCAGUUUCACUGGCAUUCGAUUGCCAUUGCAAGAGAUUAAGCAAGAUGCCGAGACACCCGUGUGCAUGCAUGAAAUUUUAUCGCCCAUGUCAAUUGAUAAAUCACUUAUUGAGAAUGAUGCAAACGUUUCGAUUAUCACGGUUGACGAUCAAACCACAAUUGCUGAUGCUUCGGCUAUUCCAUCCACAUCUGCAAAACGAUUCGGUCUUAAGGACGAUCUGGAGAAAUUUUUCGAAGUCGAAGAAUAUCGUGAUGAUAUUUUGGACUAUUUGCGUGAAGCAGAAGUGCGUCACCGACCCAAGCCAAUGUACAUGCGCAAGCAACAAGACAUCAGCCAUUCGAUGCGCACAAUUUUGGUCGAUUGGUUAGUUGAAGUGGGCGAAGAGUACCGUUUACAGAAUGAAACACUGUGUUUGGCCGUUUCAUACAUUGACCGCUUCCUCAGCGUAAUGUCGGUGGUUCGUGCAAAAUUGCAACUGGUCGGCACAGCUGCAAUGUUCAUUGCCGCCAAAUACGAAGAGAUCUAUCCACCAGAUGUCGGCGAAUUUGUCUACAUCACCGAUAACACGUACACCAAGAAGCAAGUGCUACGCAUGGAGCAGCUCAUUUUGAAAGUGCUGACAUUCGAUCUGUGCGUUCCCACCACAUCCGUAUUCCUCAACGCCUAUCCAAUUGUCGAUGAUCUACCAAACGACGUCAAAUUUAUGGCACAAUACUUGAGUGAAUUGUCAUUGUUGGAAGCGGAACCGUACUUGCAAUACACACCAUCGAUGAUAUCAGCCGCUGCAAUUGCAUUGGCCCGUCUCAAUUUCAAUUUACCCAUUUGGACGGCCAGCCUCGAGCAGCACACCAAUGUUCAAAUCCACAAUUUGACUGAUCUUAUUCUACAUUUAAGCGAAUCACACUGUGCAGCGGUCAAUUCGCCGCAACAGGCAAUCCAAGACAAAUACAAAAGUAGCAAAUAUUUGGAAGUAUCGACGCGAACGCCGUUGCGAGUAGACGAAAUGGUAUUAUCGACAGCCAUUCAACAAUUGGAUGAUUUCGAAACGGCCGAUACCGACAAGUGUAAUGAGAAUGUAAGAAAGAUGAUUUCAUCGCUGCAGUUUUUAUCAUAAACAAAAGAAGAAGAUCGAGACAAGCGCAUGACAUAGAAGACGAACAAAAAGUAAAUUAGUAUCGUUUGCCGCAAGGAACCAGAACAACAUAAACAGAGAACCAAAGUGAAAAAAAAAACAAUUCCAUAUUCUUUUCGUGUAAAGAAACCAAUUCGUUCCGCUAAAUAUUAUUGUGUUGUGUACGCAUGCAAUCCAAAUUGGAUUUAUUUUAGAUGUUUAAACAUUUCUUUUUGAUCGAUAUUUCCCAUUGAGACAGAUUAGAAUUUAAUGAAAAUGUGUAGUUAGUAUUUUUGUUUGAUUUUUUAACUCGAAGAUUAAGGACGACGGUUUCCAUUGACAUUUGAACAAAUAAGUAGAAACUAUGAGAGAGAGAUUUUUUUUUUCGUUGUAAAAUGAUGUGACAAAUUCAAAAUUUUGCCGAAACAUAAACUUUGUGAAAAAAUAAUGAGAAAAAAAAAUCUGUUCAAUGUUCGAAGAAAAGAAAACGAAGAUUCUUAUUAUAAAGAACAAAAAAAAAUAGAUGAAUAAAAAUGUACGAAUAAAUAUACACUUAAAUGCAAAA